AUGAUCUCCCAGCCGGCGACCAUGGCGGCGGCCGCACGAGCAGCAGCGACGCAUCUCCUCCCUGGCCUCCCGGAUGAGGUCGUGGUCUGGGAGAUCCUUGUCCGCCUGCCCCCCAAAUCCCUCCUCCGCUGCCGCGCCGUCUGCCCCGCCUGGCGCCGCGCCACCUCCACCCGCGACUUCCUCCUCACCCACCACGCCCGCCAGCCCACCCUCCCCCUCCUCUACGGCUACAACUGCGCUGGCGACGUCGUCGAGUCCCUAGACAUCAUUCCGUUGGACAACGUGGCAGGGGCCGACCAGCUCCAGUACAGCGCGCGACUUGGCAUUCGCAGCGUUUACGGCCACGGCCUCGUCCUCCAGGACUCCUGCGAUGGGCUCCUCCUCCUCUCCAUCUACAGCACGCACUUCUCCAUCUACAACCGGGCAACUCGUCAGUAUGCUCCCCUCCAGCAGCUUAAUGGCUUUAUGCCCUUGGGGAUGUACCGGCACGGCCCUACCGGCGAGUACCGAUUGCUGCUGCACCCGUUCCGGAGGUUGAUGGCGCCUGACGCUCAAGAUGGCGCCUACGUCUUCUCUUUAGGCUCCGGCCAGCUGCCAAGGUACAUAGGGUGCUCUCAUACACAGGAAUUCUUGAUAUACCUUUCAGCUGGAUCUGUCCUGUUCCAUGGUAGCCUGCAUUGGUACAUGAACCACAUUAUAAUGGUAUUUGACACCAUUGCUGAGUCGUUCCGGUCGAUGCGAUGUCCGAUUGUAAAUGGCUGCGUGGACCUGUUUGAGAUGGGUGACAUGCUUGGCAUGUUUAGUCUCAAUUAUGAAGGGACAAGCAUUGAAAUCUGGGAGAUGCAGGACUACGAAGCCGAGAUCUGGGCCUUAAAGUACCGGGUCGAAUUUCCGGUUGCGGAGAUCAGCUUGCAAUGUGGAAAGUUUGACCAUCACUGGGAGGUGAUUGUCACGUCAUGGGACAGUGAUGUGCUCGUGCUGCUCCAGUUUGAUGAUUGGCUACUUCAGGUUGGCAUGGAAGGCCAGUUGGUUGCCAGUUUCCAUCGCAAAGGCCUCCGUCCUACUCGACUUCGACUGAAACAAAGUCUAGUUUCACAUGCCUUCUUUUCAACACUGGAGGGUUAUGUUGUCAACGGCUCGCCUUUCAUCAGAUGA